CAUUUUGGCUUAGCAAGCUGGUCGUGACGGGAGAAUCGUAGACGACCUUGUCCUGACGAAAAACACCUGGAAGGCAUGGUGGGCGUGGUGAGCCAGCGUUUCAGCUACGAUUAUUUCACCCAUGGCACCCACGGGCACGGGUACAAGGAUGAGUGGGCCGGGUGGGUGAUGGUGAAUCAGCCCGAUGUUGUCCAGGCCAAGAAGAAACAGGACAGCUUGCGCCUCCACACCGCUAUGGCGGACAUCUACAUGGCUUUGAUGAACGUGGCCCCUGGCCAGGUGAGGGUGACUCGCUUCACCUCCCAGGUCCAGCCAUCGAUCUCGGUCCUCGAUUACCUGAAGCGCAUUGACAAGUUCUUUGCCUGCAGUGAGUCGGUUCAUGUGGCUGCGUUGGUUUAUUUGGAUCGCCUUGUCAGCAAGAAUGCGAUCGACUUGAAUCCAUUGACGAUCCAUCGUUUGCUUGCGGCUGCCACGGUGGUCGCAGUGAAGUUCUUGGAUGACAUCUACUACAAGAACGCAUUUUAUGCUGCGGUGUGUGGACUAUCGCUGAAGGAGCUGAAUAAGCUGGAGGCUCAUUUUAUCUCUCUUCUGGGAUGGAAGUUGGCAAUUUCAGAGGAGGAUUAUGCUGCGUACUGUGAAACAGUUCGUCAAGUGCUUCGCUGAAUGCAUAGUUCCGCAGGACUCAGGAAUCAGGAGAUCUGAUCCGAGCGAAGCCAACGAAGCUUCGCUUUUUGCGCCCACAGUGGUGGUCUGAGGCCAAGUUAGAACAUCCACUUGACCGUGAAUGAAAGCGGGUGUUCUGGCUGGUGAGUUUGUUGUUAGAACUUGCCAUUGUCAGCGGCAUUGGGCUGCUUUGCUUAUCCUCAGUGCCACCAGGGCAGUUCAUUGUCCAUACUCUUGCAGUUGAAUUAACUCAUGCAGAGAGGCGAGCCAGUGCAGAAGCUCAAGA